AUGUCCCAGAAAAUUCUCCAGGCCAACCUUAAUCACUGUCGCGCUGCCCAGGACCUGUUUUUACAGGCGAUGGCCGAGUGCGGCGGUGGCCUGGGGAUUGCUGCCGAGCCGUACCGCGUACCGCGAGACCACCCGUGCUGGGCGGUCGAUCGGCGCGGCUCGGUGGCUAUCACAUGGAGGCAGACGGCUGAACCCGUCGCCUGUACUCGUAUUGAGACGGGUGACGGGUUCGUAGCCGUCAAGUGGGAUCAUAUCACUGGGUCAUAUCAAGUGGCGGUGUACGUAUCUCCCAAUAUUAGCUCUGCUCAAUUCAACGAGUAUUUGGGCAGGCUUUGGGACUGCGUCACAAAAAUUCUGCCCGAACCAGUGGUGGUGGCCGGGGACUUCAACGCCAAAUCUGCGCUGUGGGGGUCCCCGGUCACGGAUACCAGGGGCAAAAUAUUUGAGAGAUGGGCGGCGGGUCUCGGACUAUGCAUCGUUAACUCCGGGACCACGCAGACCUGCGUGCGGCGCUGGGGGGGCUCCAUCGUGGAUAUCACGUGGACCAGUCCCUACGCCGCGCGCCGGAUCACGAGAUGGAGGGUGGCUGAUGAGACUGAGACCAUGUCCGACCACAGGUAUGUGGAAAUGGACAUAUCGGUCACCCCCCCGGAAGUCUGGGCUCGCCGCCGGGAAUUGCCGCGACGAUUCCCAAGAUGGGCCCUGAGGAAGAUGGAUCAGGACAAGUUUCGAGCCUCGAUCCAGACUUCCCUAUGGGCGGACGACGUUCUCGUCCAAUCUGAGGACGUGAAGCGGCGAGGUGGAUUCGGGGCAUCGUAA